CAAUCUGGCAACACGGCGCCUGCACGGAGCAGGAAGAAAACCAGCGACGAGGGUAAACUCACUUUGUGUGGAUCUUUCCCAUCUGUCAAGGUCAACACAACGUGAAGAAUUAAACGCAUUCCAGUGAUUUUUAGAUUUUGAGCGCGAAGAUUCAGCGCUUCACAUGCGCUCGGCUUGUCUUGCAGCGUUCCCUUUUUGCUCUUUGCUGUUGAUCUACAAACUCCGUGCGCCUUGACACUGGGCAGUAGCUGUGGACCAGAACUCUGAAACCAGCCUUUAAUAAGGUCUUCGUUUGGCCUCUACAUCUUAAGUCGAUCUUCAUGGCAUGCAUCAGCUUCUUCUUAUUGUGGCAAAUGUGGGACUAGAGCACCAUGUCGGAACCUCCAGAGCCCAGCGAGGAAUUCUUGGACUGGCUAGCCACCCUCCGCCUGCCUCAGUAUACCCAAAGUUUCAGAGACGGAGGCUACCAAACUCUGGAAGACUGCAAGGACCUCACAGAUGAGCGGCUUCUGGAGCUCAAAGUCCUUCCAACAGGCCACCGUAGACGUAUCCUCCGUAGCUUGGAAGCACUAGGGGUGACACAGCAGAAUGGGGGAGAAGAUGACGAAAAUGCACAGAUGGACAAUAGGAAGGAUCGGAGAAAGCCUAUGCUACAUCCGAGGCAUAUUUUUAUGCAUGAUAGAAAGAGGGGAAUUUCAGUCCGAGAACAUUGGGUCUCAGAAAGAGUUGAGGAUGAUCUGGAGGGGAGUCUGACUCUGCCUCCAGGUGCGUUCAUGGGAAAAGAAAUUUAUCAAGAGAGCAGAGGCCUCACUGCACCUCAGCCGGCCCCUCGCAAACCUGAGAAUGUCGGUUUGUUUCCACCUGCAUCUGAACUGAAAACCUCCAAGAUGAUUAGCAGCAGCAGCAGCAGCAGCGACUCUCUCUCAGUUUCUGAAAUGCCUUCCGACUGGGAGAUCUCCUCAGAAGACGCGCCGUUUUUUAUUGCUGACUCUGCUGAAGCCCCUAAACCAGUGCUGAUAGAAGACAACAUGGGUUUUCAGGGUGAGAUGGUGGAGAACUCAAUCUACGAGGAGCAUCCCACUACACAGCCUGCUAAAGGUCCCCGGCUUACUCGAUCUUAUCGGCUGAGGCACCGGCCUGUCCCGGAAAUCCCAAAUCCGGUUGUACCACCGCUUCUGGACAGGAGCACAUCACUAGGGCAAACAACCAUCCCUGAACCGCUCUCCAGCUCUGACGGUCCCACCGGUGCAAACGGCGCACAGAAAGCAACACUUCAAAGAAGCUUAGCGCCCAUUGCUCCCUACGGAGAAACGUUCCUGUACAACAAUCCUGACAGCAUUUCGGAUCGAGGCACGAAAGACUUAUUACAGAAACGUCUAAAAGACAAGAUAAAACAUAAGAAACUGAAGAAAAAGUCACCAAAGCACAAAGAGUUGCCAAGGGAAUCGGACAAAUCCAUGGAAAAGCCCUCUCCUCUGGCUACAAAUACACCAAAGUUUGACAUUGACGAGUACUCGACAGUUGAUGAAUGCGCUAGCAUUUUGCCACCAGCCACUCGGGACCAAAACCACUCAUUUAGCCCUGAGACGGUUCCCGUUGGCGCAACAGUUCCCAGCUCUGUCUCUGAGGGAGGACCCUUCAUAACGGUGGAGUGUGACCUGUAUUCGAACUGUGCAGAGACCCGGGGACAUGCGGCUGUAAAUACUGAUAUUUCGCCUUACGCCUGCUUUUACGGAGGUCCCAAACACCAACUGAUCAAAUCCGGAUGGCUGGACAAGCUCUCCCCUCAAGGAAAUUGUGUUUUCCAGAGGAGGUGGGUGAGGUUUGACGGCGAGAGUCUGGCCUACUACAACAAUGACAAGGACAUGUACUCCAAAGGAAUGAUCCUGGCCAGUGCUAUCAGACAGGUGCGCGGAUUGGGUGACAACAAGUUUGAAGUUGUAACUUCCCUCAGGACUUUUGUAUUCCGCACUGAAAGAGAAGGGGAGCGCCAGGAGUGGAUGGAAACUCUUCAGACGGCCUCGAGUCCGCCCCCCUGCGGCUUCCAGAAGUGCUCAGCCAGCCUCGCCCGCCCCUCCUCGGCAAACAAGCGAGGCUUGCUGGAGCUCCGCGGUUACAAAGGCAGAGUGUUGGCGUCCCUGGCGGGAAGUAAAGUCAGGCUCUGCAAAACAGAACAGGACUAUAAAGCUGGCCUCGCUAUCGCUGAGAUAGAACUGACUGCUGCCAAUAUUAAAGACCUCGACCGCUGUGGUUUUGAAAUCAACACGCCUUUCAAGAAUUUUUGCUUCACGGCCGAGUCGGAACGGGAGAAGGAGGAGUGGGUCGAAGCGAUCCAAGAAUCGAUUACUGAGACACUCUGCAACUACGAAGUGGUAGAGAAGAUCUGGUACAACGAGGCCAACAGGAUCUGCGCCGACUGCUGCGCACCUCAGCCUGAGUGGGCUUCUGUCAACCUGGGCGUGGUUAUCUGUAAAAUGUGUGCAGGACAGCAUCGUUCUCUUGGUCCAAGUAUUUCCAAAGUGCGGAGCUUGAAGUUGGACAGCAGUAUCUGGAGCAAUGAGCUUGUGGAGCUCUUCCUGGAGGUAGGAAACAAUAACGCCAACAGUUUCUGGGCUGCUAAUCUACCCUUUGAGGAGGAGCUUUAUAGCGGGGCGUCAGCAGAACAGCGUGCCACAUUUAUCCGCCGGAAAUACAGGGAAAGGAAAUACAGCAAGAUCCUGGAGGAAUUCCAAGACCUGGAACAGCUCAACCAGGUGCUGUGUGCGGCUGUGGUCUUACCUGAUGUGCUGCAGACCAUGGCGUUGGUGUUCAGCGGAGCAGAUGUCAUGUGUGCCACUGGGGAUCCGAUCUAUUCCACCCCAUACUUCUUGGCCCAAAGCGCCGGACAGAAGCUACAAAUGGAGUUCCUACACCAGAACAAACUUUCUGAUUUCCCAAGACUGGAGCAGUGGUCAGAAAACACCUCCAUGUCCAGCUCGUCUCCCUUUAUGGAUGGUUUUCUCUACAUCUCAUGUAGCCCUGCCAAAUCUAUGCUGGACCGCCAUGGUCGAGACGAUAUGGCACGCCACUGGUGCACCUUAGAGGGCGGCUUCCUGAGUUACUAUGAAAGCGAGAGAAGCCCUUCAGCCAUCGGCAGAGUGGACAUCACUGAGGUGGUCAGCCUGGCUAUCAGCAACACCGAGAUGAUGACUUCAGCUGGGGCCAUGUUUACCAUCGAGCUCUACCUGCAGUCUGAGAAAGUCCUGGUCGUCGGAGCUGAAACACAGGAUACGCAACGUGACUGGAUCCGCGCGCUAGCAAAGUGCUUCGUCCCGGCGAAAGUCGAGGAACUGUUGCAGAGAGACGGCGAGUUGAUUGGCAGGCUCCGCUAUAAAGAAGGUCACGACCUUUACCGCUGGAGGAUGGGCUGGUUUGUGCUGGAGGGCUCCACCCUGCACUUCAGCUCCGGAGAGGACGAGGAGGAAGAAGUGAUGCAGCUCAAACAGCUGCAGGAACUCACUGUCUCCACGCAUGCAGAGGGCGAAGCAAAGAUCCACGUUUUACUCAUGGUGGAAGGCGGAAGAACAGUUUACAUCCGUGGUGUCAACAAAAUAGACUUCGCAUUGUGGCAUUCUGCCAUCAGACAGGCUGCUGGCACAGAUGGCAAUGCACUCAGCGACCAACAGCUGACGAAAAACUGUGUCCCUAUUAUAGUCGACAGUUGCAUUGCUUUUGUUACUCAAUAUGGUUUGUGUCAGGAGGGGGUUUACCAGAAGGCAGGUGAUACCAGUCGUGUGGCUGCACUCCUGGAGGAGUUCACUCGGGAUGCCCGCAAUGUCAAGCUACGGGAGAAGGAGCACCAGCUGGAGGAUGUCACCGACACACUGAAGAGCUUCUUGUCCAAAGCAGAAGAUGCACUGCUGACCAAGGAGCUGUAUCCAUACUGGGUGUCAGCACUGGAUGAGAAAGACGAGAGGCUGAGAGUAAAGAAAUACUCAACUUUUAUAGAGAGCUUGCCAAAGAUAAACAAAUCAACCCUUGAAGCUCUGCUGCAACACCUGUACAGGAUUCAGCAGUGUUCCCAACACAACCAGAUGCCGAGUGACAAACUGGCCUCCGUCUUCUCCUCCUGCCUUUUCCAGACUCGAGGACAAACGUCACAGGAAGUUACUGUGAUCAGUGACCUCAUCAACAAUUACGUCACGCUCUUCAGUGUCAAUGAAGACCAAGUACAACAGAUGGAGAGAGAAACCAGCUUCAUCGCACACUGGAAAGAUAAGAAAGAUGCCAUGUUUUCUCCUGCUGGGGACUUAAUCUUUGAGGUGUAUGUGGAAAAGAGAGAGCCGGAGAGUUGCUGUUUAAUCAAGGUCUCUCCCAGCAUGCGCUCUAUGGAGCUUGCAGAAAUUGCACUGGGUAUGAAGAACAUCACCUUCAACACUGACGACUGGUGGACCACCUUUGAGGUCAUUGAGAAUGGAGAGCUAGAGCGCCCGCUGCACCACAAAGAGAAGGUUCUCGAACAGGUGCUGACGUGGAGCACCCUGGAAAACCCGAGCGCCGCUUUCCUUGUUGUCAAGAAAUUUGCAGAGCUCCGAAGGGCGGCCAAUGAGAAAGCUCAAAAGGACUUUUCAAAAAGUGAGACUCUGAAGUUCAAUGACGGCUCCACCAAACUGCUUUCGGGCCAUAAAUUCCAGGACAGAUACGUUAUUCUAGGUCCAGAGAAGCUGGUCCUUUACAGAGAUAUCAAAAGCACGAGAGCAGAGAAAAUCCUCCAACUCAAGUCUAUAAAAUGUUACUUUGGGCUGAAGAAAAAGCUCAAACCUCCGACCAGCUGGGGCUUCAACAGUCUGCGCCGACAAACAACAUGGCAUUUCUGCUGUGAUAAGAGGGAGGCGCAGAUCAGCUGGCUGACUGACAUCAUCCGCAUGAAGUAUGGUUCUGACUUCUGGCCAGAGAAUGUUCAAGAAGUACCCAAAACCUCCAGAGGGGGUGCUGUGAAUAAGGGCCAGAAGAGUCCUCAAAACAACCAAAAUUCUGGCAAACAGUUGACAGACUGGAGGACUUCUGUGAGUGACGGAGACCCGGCGGCCGUUAAGGACAGCGGUGUCAACCACCGAACGCCCUCUGCAACCAGCGACUUGCUCAGGACCCCGGAACUUGCACACAGACAAAGCUCAGGGGACGUUUGCCAGCCUCUGUACCGCCUGUCCCCGUCCCCAUCCCCGUCCAGACAUUCACAGCCGCUGGCUCUUCCUGCGGCUUCUCAGGGUGCCCUCAAAGGCCUCGGCAGGAGACCUGUUGUGAGCGGACAGGGCCAGAUGCCAUGUAAUCUGCUGAAUGAACUGAACUCUGUGCUCAGCAAGACUGGACGCAGUGCCAAAAAGAAUGACUGACAAAACGAGACAUCAGGAAAAGAAAGGGAAACAGUUUGAUAGCUCAGGCGUAGGGAGAGAGAGAUGUGGAGAUGGCAAAGGAAGAGCUGCAGUAUUUUUCAUGAGGAGGCGUUUCUGACCACAGAUGUAGAAAGAGAUACAGAAGUAGCAAAAGAGAUGAGGUUGCAUAGGUCAUAUCGACCAAAAAUAAACAUGGUGCGCUGACCUGAGCGUGAGUACGUGGAUUUACAUGAUAUGGGGGUCUUCUGACAUGCAAGCAUCCGGUCAUUUUGGAAACACUUUGCUUACAGUAUACCGAACCAUGUUGUUAUCACUGUCAAACAGUUUUGCUAUACUUCUUUCUAUGAUAAACAAACAUUUUCUUUACAACACUGCCCCCUAGUCAUAGUUAGAAAUAGAGCUGGGUGAAAAAACAACAACAAUCAUUUAUAGCGAUCAAAUCUGGUCUGAUUAUGAUAGAUCUUAAGAGAUCUAACAGCCAUAGAGGAAAUAAGUGUUCUAACAAAAGUUGUAGUUUUAAGGUUGCAUAUCAAAGUGUACGACCAUUUAUUAUCGAAAAGUGUUUGAGCUGUCGGCAUUGAACCAAAACAGAAAAAUGAGAGGGGGAGUACAAAAAGCUACCGUGAAAGUUAACUCGUGUCACCCAAACUGAGGAAACUGUCAAUCCAUAUAAAAAUAAGUUGUGAUAUUUUUCCUAUCACCCAGCCCUACUUUUAAGCCUUCAAGUGGGAAGGUUGAGCAAUCCAGACUAUUUCCAUUGCAUAUGUCACCAAAGUGUAACAAAAGAUGAAAUUAACAUGUACAUGUACAAACUGGUGUAUUUGUACAUGCAAAGUUGAAUAAUUAUGGGACUUUGGGGACUUUUAACGCGAACAAUAUUUGCGUAUAAGGCAUACGUAAACAUGGGUGUUGGAUCGUAUGAACCUUUUCCCUCGUGGCACUUUUCUAUUUAAAACCUCGAACCGUUCUCUCUCUCUCGCUCUGUUUUGUUGUCGUUGUUUGUAAUGGGACAACCACUCGUGAGCAAAUAUCAGAUACUUGUACGCAUGCAUGGGUGAUGUAAAAGAAGUGAUGGAUGCAUUCAUAUGAAAUAUGGAUGAGUAGUGCCGGUUUGGGGCCCAAAUAGCCCCAAUGGUGGCUUAUAUUUUUAAUAGACAGUCAAAAUAUUAGUGACAGUAAUGUGUUAUUGCUUAUUGGUCACGCUAGCUUUUUAUGUUCACAUCCUCUUGAAAUGUUCUAUUUUCAUAGCAGUUUUAUUACCUCUGCCAAUGAAGUUGGAGGAGGCUAUGUUUUUGCCCGUUUGUUUGUGAACAGCCUGGAGCCCACAAUUUUUCAUAAAU